AUGCUGAUGGUCUUGAUGGACAUGCAAACGGCGGGGUACCCCAAAGUUGAAAGAAGACGGACGAGGAUCUGGCCUACCUGGUCGAUUCAUGAUCAAGUCUCUUCGAGUGUUGGUUAG